CUUUUUUGUAUUAUUGUUAGUAUUAGUAAACUAAACGCAACACUCAACACUCAACACUCUCUGUUCUUAUUGUUUUGUGUUUUGUUUUGGUCGGGAAAAUGGCUGAAGAAGAAACAACGUUGGACUCCGCCACCGAGGCUGUUCCUGGGACUCCGGGGAUAAAGGAGAUAAGGUCUGACGUGGCGGGUCACGAUGGCGGAGCUCCGAGUUCGGGGAUUCGGAGGUUUGGUUUGAGAGCUGAAAUCGAUACCACGCCUCCUUUCGGGUCUGUCAAGGAGGCUGUGACCCGGUUUGGUGGGAGCGGGCCCUGGAUGCCACUUUGCAAGCUCGGAGAAAACUAUAAUGGCAUUGAGGAAUUUGACAUAAAGAAAGUGGAAGAACAGGCAGCAGAGUUGGAGAAGGAUCUGAUUGUGAAGGAACUGGAAACACUUGAUGUCCUUGAAGAACUGGGGACAACGAAAAGGAUUGUAGAAGAUUUAAAGCGGCAGCUACAGAAAGAAGCAUUGAAAUGCUUGACGGGCCAAGACUUUCACUCAGAUGAACCAAUGUCAACUCCUGUUAUUAAGGAAAUGAACAAAGAAAAUUAUAGAAAUAUUUUCAACAUCAACUACGAGCAAAUGGUGGGAUGUUCAAGUCCGUGCCCUACAUCAACUCCUGAUUUGAUCUUAAUGGAGUUGAAGCAAGCAAAACUUAACCUUGGCAAAACUAUAAGUGAUCUUGGGGUGAUUCAAAAUUCUGUUGAAUGUCUAAAUAAGAAAAUGGUGAAAGAGAAAAUUUUACUCGAGAAGACUCAUGAAAGGCUAACAUCAAAGUUUGCAGGGGUGUCAUCUCUGGAGGAGGAUCUAAGACAAAUAAGAGUAAAGCCACAAAUAGCAGAUGAAAAAGAAAUUUAUAGUGCUUUUGAGAACCCUCCAAAUAUCUCAAGGGACUUUAAAUUUAUGGCUGGGCAAUGUAAGAGAAUGAAUGAAGCUGCAAGAUUUGAUGUUUCACACCCAAUGUCUGUGAAUGAGCAGACCAAGGCUAGCAUGAAGACUGCUGAGAUGAGGUGGGUUGCAGCUAAAAAGAUGGAGGAAGCAGCUAAGGCGGCAGAAGCUGUUGCCCUUGCUGAAAUCAAGGCUCUUUCAAGCAGUGAGAGAUUGCCAGAGUUCAUACUGCCUGAGCCGGAGAAAAUCACUUUUUCUUUCGAAGAGAGAUCUCCUUUAAUCUCCAAAGCUCAAAAUGUUGAUGGGCUGUCUAAGAAGAAUGUAGCAGAUGCCAAGCUCCAAACUGAUGAUGGUAAUAUCUCUAAAAUGUCUGUAUUGAAGAAGUUGAAGGAAGCAACAGAAGAAGUUAAACAUAGUAAGCAAGCCUUGGAGGAGGCUUUGAGCAGAGUACAAGCUGCAAAUAAAAAGCAAAUUGCUGUUGGAGAGGCUAUCCAGAGAUGGAUACCAGAGCAUGAACAGAAGGGACCAGCAGUGUAUAACUCUAUCAAGCACAAUAUUUUUCAUCCAUCAGAUCACUGUCAAGUUUCUCCACUAAAUGAUGUGAACGAGUCAAACCUUGUGAAUGAUGAGCCAAAGCCUGUUUUAAGGACAACGGUUUCAAUGCGAGAUAUGCUAAGCAGGAAGCAAGUUCUGCCUGAAGACUAUGUAGCAGGAAAUCAAAUAGAGGGCCACACUGAAAGACAAAAGGUAGCUUUGAGUCAAAUGCUUCAUGCACUGAGGGAGGACCUAUCAUUUCCUCCAAAACCGGAGAAAGAUGGAAAUGAUCACAAACAGUUCAUAUCGCAGAGGAAGAAAUUUGGGCUCAUCCAUAUAUCAUUCCCUUUGACGAGGCCAAGUAAGAAAAAAACUCAAGCUUUGAACACUAUGUGACAAAGUAGAUUGAUAAAUUAUGAACAUUCUCAUUUACUAACAGUUCCUUGAUUGAUGCUCCAGAUUGGUCAUGUGUGGUGUUUGUUUAGCCUAGGAAAAAGAAAAAAAAUUGUGCUUGUUUGUUUUUAUAUAUUCCAUUUUUUGUAAAGGUGCUUGGUAAUUUAAUGAUCUGUAUUUGAGUGUGGACUAGAGCUGGAGAAAGUGUAUUGAGAUGAUGAUGAUGAAGAUUUUACUCUUUUGAUGCGUGAUAUUGUGAUGGUUGGUGAAACAGCGUUUCUUAGCAAAACUGGCGAUAUGUAUGUAAACUUGCUU